AUGGCGAACGUUGAUAUACUCGCCGGGACUGGGCAGAAGCUCACUCAUGCCACCAUUAUAGUGGCUGGCGUCGCAGCUCUCGUGGCGUCACUUUUGUCAAUUAUUAUGGUUCCAAACAAAGAAUUAUCGCAAGCCGCUCCUACAAAGAUAUGUCGUACGGAUUCUACUCAUGUGGGUAAAGAAAUGGACGAAGGAAGAGCUGUAUUGAUUGUGCAUAGGGUUCCCAUAUAUUCGAUAUCUUCAUGGUCAAGUAUCAUGUCUUCCAAGGCAGCUCUGUUUGUAGAUCCUGUUAGAGAUGUCUACGAGGCGUUUACAAUUUACACCUUCUUCCAACUAUUGAUCAACUUCAUUGGAGGCGAACGGGCGCUCAUCAUUCUCAUGCAUGGAAGAGAGCCGGUUCACCACUUGUGGCCUUUGAACCAUGUGCUUCCUAAGGUCGACAUAUCCGACCCUCACUCAUUUCUAGCUAUUAAACGUGGUAUUCUUCAGUAUGCGUGGUUGAAACCAAUACUUGGACUGGCUACUAUAAUCAUGAAAACUACUGGCGUCUAUGGAGAAGGCGACUUGGGUAUCACGUCUGGCUACUUGUGGACAGGCAUAUUUUACAAUGUCAGUGUCACACUGAGCUUGUACUCUUUGGGAAUGUUCUGGGUGUGUAUGUCGAAAGACCUGCAGCCGUUUCGACCAGUACCAAAGUUUUUGUGCAUCAAGCUCAUUAUUUUUGCCUCCUAUUGGCAAGGAUUCUUCCUGUCUAUCUUAGUUUUCCUAGGCGCUAUCCCAGACAAUGUAGAAGGAUAUAAAUCGGCGGACAGCUUGGCGGCAGCUAUUCAGGACGCUCUGAUUUGUAUGGAAAUGCCCAUUUUCGCAAUCGGGCAUUGGUAUGCGUUCUCUUGGCACGAUUACGCAGACGUCACAAUUUCAGCUGCUAGAAUGCCUGUUCGAUUUGCUCUCCGCGACGCGUUUGGUCUACGAGAUCUCAUUGAAGAUACGAAGGAGACAUUCAGUGGUAAUAAAUACGAGUAUCGUCUGUUCGAUACUGGCGAUGAUGUCUUAGCCCAUGAAGAAUCCUCCUCAAGGGUGGCUAGGAUGAUGGAGGGAAUGCGAUACGAGCGCGGAGGUAAAGGAAAAUAUUGGAUACCAAAACCUGGGGAAUCAAACUCCCGCACGCCUCUAUUGCACAACAACGAUCCAGCGAGUCGUUCUCAUAGCCCUGUGAAGAAACCUGUAAAUGGUGAUGGGGUUACGAACUAUGGCGGGGCUGAGCAGGAUGAUAAUUUAGACUCUGAUGACGAACGGUUAUAUGUAAGAGCUAAGGCAUUAGAGUACGGGGACUGGAAUUAUCCGGUGAUUACUGCUCAUGAAGCAUCAAGGGAGCGGUGGUUAAAUGCAUCGCCUGGCCUGUUGACCACAUCGACAAAUAGAAACCUGCUGCAACCAACUCGCGACAAUGAGAUCAGACGGGCAAGCAAUGUACGAGAGACGGUUGAAGAAGUUACCAAAAAAUCAAAGCGCAAACAUAGCUCUCAGGACAAGAGCAAAAAGGGCAAGGCUAGUUCGAAAGGCAAGGAGAACGAAGUACCUAACGGCGAAGAGGGACGUGCGCCGGCCAUGGGAGGGUUAUUACGACAUCAUUCCUCCUCUUCAAGCUCCGCGAAAUCAGAUCGCAGCCAGCUUGUUGAUCUUGUUGUCGAAGACAAAAAUGCGGAGGACGCGGAGCGAGUAAGGGCUAGAAAAGAGGGUGGUUCUGGCUGGAAUGCCACCGAGCCUAAAUACUAUGUACGUACAUACGGGAAAGAUAUCGGCGAAGAUAUUCGGGAAGGCUUUGAGCCUCCCGAGGGUAGUGCCGUUGUCGAUAACGAAGAGGAUAGUCCUUUCACUAUCGGAGAUGGUGAGGAAACUCCCAACGAGACGGAAGAAACUCGGCAGUGGCAGCAAAACCACGAACAUGAGGUCUUAUUGAAGUCUAAAUACGGACUGGAUGGGGAAGCAUUCGAAAAUGUUUGGGAUGGUGGAGAACCCUCUGAGUCGCCUUCUGAAAAUCCUUAA